UGUGACUGAACAUGAUUUUGGGGCCUUGCUCAGGGGCCCAGCAGUGGCAACUUGGCAGUGUCAUUUAGAAUAAUGGAGGAAUAUGAAGUUCUCAGGCAGAUCGGAGAGGGUGCCUAUGGAAAAGCACUGCUGGUUAAAGAAAGAAGCAGCUCAGCAAACCACUGUGUCCUAAAGCAAAUCAACCUGAGCCGGAUGUCUGCUCUAGAAAGAGAUGCCUCCAAAAAGGAAGUGACAUUACUAUCCAAAAUGAAGCAUCCAAAUAUUGUUGCCUUCUUUAAGUCAUUCUAUGAGAGGAAUAAUCUCUAUAUAGUGAUGGAGUAUUGUGAUGGUGGGGAUCUCAUGAAGAGAAUCAAUAUGCAAAGAGGACAACCAUUUACAGAAGAGCAGAUUAUGAACUGGUUUGUUCAGAUCUGCCUGGGCCUUAAGCAUAUCCAUGACAGGAAAGUUCUGCACAGAGACAUCAAAACCCAGAACAUUUUCCUUACCAAAGGAGACACAAAAGUCAAGCUUGGAGAUUUUGGCAUUGCUCGAUUGUUAAACAACACAGCAGAGCUGGCAAGAACAUGUGUUGGGACACCAUACUAUAUAUCUCCUGAGAUCUGUGAGAACAGGCCAUAUAACAACAAAACAGAUAUUUGGUCUCUUGGCUGUGUCCUCUAUGAGCUCUGUACACUUAAACAUCCAUUUGAAGCCAGCAGUCUGAGGCAGCUGAUAAUAAAGAUCUGUAAGGGGCAUUAUACCCCUGUGUCACAACGCUAUAGUGUUGAACUCAGGCUGCUCCUCACACAGCUGUUUAAGGUCAGUCCUCGAGACCGGCCCUCGGUCAACUCGCUGCUAAAACGACCACUUCUGCACAAGCAUAUCAGCAAUCACUUGGACCCACAGUUGAUGGAGGAAGAGUUCAAUCACUCAACUCUGCAUGAAGUCAAACCUUUUGUACAGCCAGGCUCCAAACAAAGCACAGUAACACCAAAACCUGGUUCACUGAAGACUGGACGUGCCUUCCAGUUACCUUCCAGACCAGAACGGAGAUGCGCAGUAGCCAAGCCUUCCAUACCUCUGUGUAAAAGAAUUUUAGUCCAAGCAGCAGUAAGAGAACCAGGAAAGGCACAAAUGUUUAUGCCAAAAAAAGAAGACAAACCAAGUCAAAACCUACAGUACUACAAGCACUACAAUGUUCAGCUGGACCAAGUGCAGAAACAGCCUCAGCAUCAACCUCUUUCUUUUAAUCCUGGAGAAGAGAAACCUCAAGAUCUGGAGAGACCAAAAGCUAUGGAGCCAUAUCAGCUUGUGGCUGCAGCGAGGGAGGAAUAUCUGCAGAGAAGACAAGAAGCCAAUCUGUACAAGCUCAGAGCCCAGAAACAGCUGGGUCUGAGGCCAAGCACAGCAGAUGCUGAUAGGUACAAGUGCACAGAGGAGAAAGCUACUCCACCUGAGCAAGUACCUCAAGAUAAACUACCGGGAGAACAGGACUAUCUGAGGCAGUUGCAGCAGAUCAGACAGCAUUAUCAUGAUGAGAUUAAAAAAAUCAAGAGGAGAGCUGAUGCUAAGGCCCAUCUUAAAGCAGCAGGUACAUACGUAGUGGAACCCCCUGAAGAGAAACACCCUCAUACACCCAAAGAAGAGCAAAACCCUGCAGAUAUGGAGGAAGCUUUGAGGCAGAUCCUAGAGCAGAACCAGAAGGAGAGAAAGGAGCUUCAGAAAAAACAUGACAAGAAAGGAGUGAUGUUUGAGAUCAAACUGCAGGAUGAGGAGCUGCAGGGAAAUGAAGAGAAAAUACAACAAGAAACCGAGGAAGAAAAGGCAGAUGAGGAGGUCCCUCUGAAUCAAACACUGACAUUCGAUGCAGGACAGGAGAUCAGAUUCUGGAACAUAACUGAAGCUAACAGUGAAGACAAGCCUGAGGAGAACAUAGAGGAAGGAGCAGAAAAAGAAGCAAAGAUGUGUGUUAAAAGGAAGAUGUGGGAUCAAAAAGCCCCCCAAACCCUUCUAAAUGUUCUGGCCAACAUGGAGGUAUCAUCGGUCUGCUCCACGUUUUCUUCUGAAUGUGGUGAACCUACCAAGCAAGACGAGAGGAAGAGUCCAGAAGAGCAACGUCCAGAGGAGCGAAGAAAAUGGACAAAUCGACCUCCUGAGACACUCCUUAACGCUCUGGCUGAGGCUCAACUCACAUGCUUAACAAUGGGUAUGUCUGUUUUCCAGGAUGAAGGAACUACAAAGGAAGAGAAGAUUUCAGAAGAUGCUAAAACGGACAUUGAUGAUAAAGAUAAGAAUGAUUCUGAUGUGGAAGUGGAUGAGGAGCGACUGGAGCCCAGAUCAGAUGAUGAAGACACAAACUUUGAAGAGUCAGAGGAUGAGCUGAGGGAGGAAGUGAAGGACUCCAUGAGGAACCUUUUUACCACAGAGGACAAUGAGGAGGGCCAGAGCACAAAGGUGACUGAGGGGUCCAUGAAAAUGGACGAUGGCAGGGGACAGUAAAAUAGAGUAGAACCCAGGAACUGGAGCCCCAAGUUGGGCAAAGUGUACCUGAAUCUAAAGCAGCACUGACAUGUGGGUACAUCAUAGUACACAUUCAUAAAGUAACACACUGGUGAUGUGAGCUUUUGCUAUAAAUGCUUAACCAUGUGCUUUCGAGUAUUUGCACUAAAAAGUUGUUUAGUUGGAUAAUUAAUGUAUGAGGGAAAAUCACAAGAGCACUGUUGGCUGUUUCCAUGAGUACAUCAGAAAUAUUUCACCCUAAAACUGUGAUAAAUCGUGCUAGUAUUAAACCUGAUGUAGUAAAACUAAAAAAGUGAUUAAAAGAUACACUUGUAUUCUGUUUUUAAAACUUUAAUAAACACUGAUAAACACUUUGUAUAA